AUGGUGACAGGCGGAGUUAUGCGCAAGUAUCAGAUUGAAGGCAUGAUGUGGAUAUGCUCUCUUUAUGAAAAUGGAUUGAAUGGAAUCCUCGCGGAUGAGAUGGGGUUGGGGAAGACCAUUCAAUCAGUUUCCUUUCUGGCACACUUGUACAGUAUGGGAGUGAAAGGCCCGUUCAUGAUCGUUGCACCAUUGAGCACUGUGACGAACUGGCAACGAGAGUUUGCGAGAUGGACACCAUCGAUUGAAACAGUGCUUUAUCAUGGGAGCAAGGAGGAACGAAGGGCGCUCAGAGAGCAGAUUGGGUUUGAAAACAAGGUCAAGCAUCCUCCAAGCAAGAGCUUUCCUGUGAUCAUCACCUCAUUCGAAGUAGCAAUGAACGAUGCAAAGAAGUUGGCGAAUCUAAACUGGAAAUAUUUGAUUGUAGAUGAAGGACAUCGCCUGAAAAACAAGGAUUGCAGACUGCUCCGAGAGUUGAAAAGUCUUAACUCCGACAACCGGCUCUUGUUGAGUGGAACUCCUCUCCAAAACAAUCUGACUGAGCUCUGGUCCUUGCUCCAUUUCAUCUUGCCAGACAUCUUCCAGGACCUUGCAACAUUCCAGACUUGGUUCGAUUUUGAUGAAGAGCUCCAUGCUGAGAAAGGAACGGCAAGAAUCAUUGAAGAAGAGAGUAAGAACAAGACAGUCUCUAAACUCCAUGCUAUCUUGGAUCCCUUCUUGCUUCGACGCCUCAAGACCGACGUCUUGAUCAACCUUCCGAAGAAAAGAGAAUACAUCCUGAUGGCACCACUCACUGAAUCUCAAGAAAAAAUCAACAAAUCGAUUGCGGACAAGAGCCUUGACUCAUUCCUGUCGGAGCAAAUCACGGAGUUUGAAGUUACAGAUGGAAAUUGGGAAAGACAAGGCGCUGUAAACAACAAGGCGAUGUCUCUUAUGAACGUCCUUAUGCAAAUGAGAAAGAACUGCAACCACCCUUAUCUUUUUACAGCCCCUUUCGAUUCAUUAGGCAACAUCGUGGUGGAUGAGCGACUUGUCAAAUCUGCUGGGAAGCUGCAGCUGUUGGACCGAAUGUUGACUAUUUUGAGGAAGAAUGGACACAAGGUGCUCAUCUUUAGUCAGAUGACAAAGAUGUUGGACCUGCUGGAAGAUUAUCUCGAGCUUCGGGGAUGGCCCUCCCACCGCAUUGACGGGACUGUGAAUUGGAAAGACAGACAGUCGCUGAUGGAUGACUACAACUCGCCGACGUCAAACUCUUUCGUGUUUUUGCUUUCAACGCGCUCUGGAGGGCUGGGGAUCAAUCUGACGACGGCAGAUACCGUCAUCAUCUACGAUGGAGACUUUAAUCCGCAACAAGACCUUCAGGCCAUGGAUCGCUGUCACCGUAUCGGACAGACAAAACCAGUCAGUGUCUUCCGUCUCAUCACAGUCCAAAGUGUGGAAUCAAAGAUUUUCGAGAGAGCAAGCAACAAGCGCAAGCUGGAGUUGGUGGCUAUUGCAAGGAAACGAUUCAAAGUGAAGAACUUGACUGAGAUCCGACAGUCGAUCAGCUCGACCGAGUUGGUUGAGUUGCUGAAGCCCAAGGUAACGGUUAAAUAA